CGGUUUUUAAUAAGGUGGAUGCAAAAGUUGGUCUUGCUCUCUUCUGGGUGACGUGGAUUGGAAGGGGUUCUUCAUACUUACACCAAAGUGUUUAGUUUUUAUCCCCAAUUUUUUCUUGCUGAAACUGUAAGUACAUCUUCAAUAUCUUAGAGAGGAGCCAUGAAGUGGACCUGGGUGCUUGUGGCAGUCUUGCUGUCCAUCGGGACGCUAUCACUGGCCAAGGACAGCUUGGACUUCCCUGAUUACGAUGGCAAGGACCGCGUCCACGACCUCAACGCCAAGAACUAUAAGUCUGUGAUGAAGAAGUACGAUGUCAUGGUGGUGUACUACCAUGACCAUCCCGGAUCCAGCCGCGUCGCCCAGAGACAGUUUGACAUUGAGGAGUUGACCCUUGAGCUUGCAGCCCAGGUCCUGGAUGAGUUUGAUGAUGAGGAUAUCGGAGUCGGACUCAUUGAUGCAAAGCUUGACAAAGUCGUUGCAAAGAAAUUAGAUCUCGAUGAGUCGGACAGUGUCUACAUCUUCACCGACGAUGAAGUCAUAGAAUACGAUGGCGAGUUUGCAGCAGACACUCUUGUGGAGUUCAUCUUUGAUGUUCUUGAGGACCCAGUGGAAAUUAUUGACAACAGUAGGGAACUGAAAGGCUUUGAAAACAUCGAAGAGGACAUCAAACUGGUGGGCUACUUUAAGAGUCACAAGUCAGAACAUUUCCUGGCUUUUGCCGAUGCUGCUGAAGAGUUCCAUCCUCACAUCAAGUUCUUUGCCACAUUCAGCCCUAAGGUUGCCAAGGCUCUGGAAAUGAAGCUGAAUGAGGUAGACUUCUAUGAACCCUUCAUUGAUGAUCCAAUAGUCAUCCCAGGAAAACCUUACACUGAGGAAGAGCUGGUCGAUUUCAUUGAGGAUAACGACCGACCAACCUUAAGGAAGCUGCAGCCACACAACAUGUACGAGAUCUGGGACGACGAUGUUGAGGGUGAACAUAUCAUUGCCUUUGCAGAGGAGUCUGACCCAGACGGUUUUGAGUUCCUUGAGAUCCUGAAGGAAGUUGCAGAGGAUAACACAGACAACCCUGACCUUAGCAUUGUCUGGAUUGACCCUGAUGACUUCCCCCUGCUUCUGCCACACUGGGAGAAGACUUUUGGAAUAGACCUGUCCCACCCACAGAUUGGUGUUGUCGAUGCUGAUGAUGCUGACAGCGUAUGGAUGGACAUGGAUGAUGGGGAUGAUUUGCCAUCUGUAGAUGAGCUGGAAGACUGGAUUGAGGAUGCUCUGUCAGGUGAAAUCGAUCCUGAUGAUGAUGACGAUGAUGAUGACGAUGACGAUGACGACGACGAUGACGACGACGAUGACGACGAUGACGACGAUGACGACGAUGACGACGACGACGAUGACGACGAUGAUGACGAUGACGACGACGAAGAUGAUGACGAUGAUGAUGAUGACGAUGAUGAUGAUGAUGAUGAUGAUGAUGAUGAUGAUGACGACGACGACGACGAUGAUGAUGACGACGAUGACGACGAUGACGACGACGAUGAUGACGACGACGACGAUGAUGAUGAUGAUGACGAUGAUGACGACGAUGAUGAUGACGACGACGACGACGAUGAUGAUGAUGAUGAUGAUGACGACGACGAUGAUGAUGAUGAUGAUUAUUAAAUCAUUAAGUCUUAAGUCUGACCAAUACAGUAUCAAGAGUCAACAUCAUAGCUGCCAUACUCUAUCAAAUCAUCUUCUUUUGUAACUAGUUCUUGUGUUGAACUCGGCAGUCACUAUUAAUAUCUCAUCUUUUCAUCGUCCUCUCUGCAUCUCACCAGAACAAUAUUCCACUAAUCGUUUAUCCCACUUCCCUACAUGUUGAGUAAUCUUCUAUGUAACAAAGUUAUUUCUAAGUAAGAUCCCACACUACUUUUAUUUUUAAAUGUAACACUAUCCAGUACAAUAAAAGAAGAAAUUCUUUCCAAACCAUGCCAUCUAUUGCUAUUGAUUUUUGUAUUAUUAAAGUUUUUAUUUUACAAAGUACUGGAAGGGUUGCAAUGUUGUAUGCAUUAUGUCUUAGUCUACAUAUGGAGUCUGUUGCAGUCUGAAUGUGUUUUAUCUGUUCCCUUAGUUUCUUGUUUGCUGCAGUAUCGAAACAACUGAAGUCAGACCCAUGGGUGCUAGCAGGCUUUUCUGAUUUUUUUUUAAGUUUUAAGAACCACCAGCCUACUCUGUGAAAUCAAUGUAACGCUGUACACUGAAAGUGCUGUACAUCAUAUGGAUGUUUUCUACGAUGAUGAUUAUGAAAACAGCCAUUUUCUAUUUUUGUACCAAGAGGAAUUUAACUUACUGUAAAGUCUUAAAUAAAUGACAACUUGGACA